UAUUGAUCUAACAAAUCCUAAAGGUAGUCUAAUAACUUAUGCUAAUAGAGCUAUAAAAAUUCUUAGAGAUUGUAUAAAAGAAUUAAUUGUAUUAGAAGUAAUUGGAAGACUGAAUAUUAGUACUUAUGUAUCUGGUUCUGCAGCAGCAGUAUAUGUAGCAGAUGUUGCUAAUGCUAUAAGUAACUAUAG